GAGAGGCUGAAAUACGCCUUUAUGUGCCCACCCCAUGGGAAGUUAGCUAUGUGGAUUUCCAAAAUAUUGGCUGCAGCAGCUAUCUGGGGAACAUUUUGGGCUAUAACAGGAGAUCAAGCUCUACCAGGAGGGAAUUUCUUCGCCCUGUUGGUGCUGAUCUAUGGUUGUGUGGUUGCAGCUGCUAUUAUAGAAUUAACUCCCUUUCCACCCUUGUUAGGUAAAUUUUGUUGUUCUAUUCUAGGUAUGUUAUUGGUCGGAUUCUGUCUCAGAAACGUCCCCGGAAUAGACAUUGGUAGAGAUAUAGAGAAAGCUUGGGCUUCCAAUUUAAGAACUAUAGCAUUGGUGGUAAUCCUAAUUCGAGCUGGCUCGGGACUGGAUCCCAAUGCUCUGAGAAAAGUGAAAUGGAUGGCGCUAAGACUGGCGCUGUUCCCCUGUAUUGUUGAAGCUGGUGUAGAUGCUGUGGUAGCUCACUUUCUGUUGGGAUUUCCUUGGAUCUGGGCGGUCGUUCUGGGGUUCGUGAUGUCAGCUGUCUCACCCGCCGUAGUUGUUCCCAGUAUGAUCGGAAUCCAAGAGAAAGGUCUUGGAGUUGACCAGGGAAUUCCUACCCUUCUGAUUGCUGCCUGUAGUGUUAAUGAUGUCAUAGCUAUCAGUGGGUUUGGUAUUGUUCUUGGAAUGGCAUUCUCUAACGCUGAUCUGAUCUAUAAUAUAUUUCAUGGACCUCUGGAGUUAUUGAUUGGUGUUGUGUUUGGUGUGGGUGUCGGAGUUUUUCUCUGGUUUAUACCCAAUAAAAACAGUAAAAAUCUUUUAAUGUACAGAUUUAUCAUGAUCAUCGCUCUGGGUUUAUUGGCCACGUUUGGAUUCCGGGUAGCCGGGUUUCCAGGAGCGGGUACCCUCGGUACACUAAUCUUAGCUUUUGUUGCUGGUAUUGGUUGGAGAAAACGGGGCUGGACUAGUUCCGAAUUCCCAAUUAAAAGUGUUUUAGCUAAAUGUUGGAAAGUGUUUCAACCUCUACUGUUUGGUUUGAUUGGUAAUGCUGUUUCUAUUGAGAAUCUACAGACUGGUAAUAUAGGUCUUGGAAUUGCCAUGUUGUUUAUUGGUCUGGGUUGUCGAUUGUUCGUAACAUUCUUCUCUUCCUAUGGCAUGAAUUUCAAUUUAAAAGAGAAAAUUUUUAUCACGAUAUCGUGGCUACCGAAAGCUACUGUACAGGCUGCUAUUGGUCCCGUUGCCCUGGAUACAGCUAUAAAGAAUGGUGCUGGUGAUGAUAUCUUAACAUAUGCAGUGUUAUCGAUAUUGAUAACAGCGCCGUUGGGGGCAGCAGGAAUUGGAUUAUCUGCCCCUUUCUUGUUAAAGAAGACCGACGUUCCCAUGGAAAUAAAUGUGGAACCAGAUGACAAUAAAAAAUUUGAAAUUCAACUUCCAGACUCAGCUCAGAAGAAUGGAAUUUCCAAUCCUGCUUUUACCAAUUCCACUACUGACGUUUCUACUGUAGAGAGUACUCGGUUUUAAGCUCCCCGUAUUUUGCUAAAUCGUUAAAUUCAUGACUGCUGUUUCUAAUGACAAAAUAUUGCGAAAUUUCGACUUAUACCUCGACUGCUAUAGCCACUAAUCUUGUAUCAUGGAAGUAAAUUCGGCAAUUUGAUUGGAUUGCUCGUUAGCGUAUACAGCCAAUCACAGCCCUCGACAGAAAGACUGAAAACAUUUUUGGAUUAUUGUUCACAGUCUGUCUGUCGAGGACUCUGAUUGGCUGUAUUCUCUAACUUACAGUCCAAAUAAAUCACAAACUUCGUGAUAAAGAACAACAUGUGUCUAAUGAUGCCAAGGUAUAUUAAGAAGUUCAUAUCUUGACAUAGUGAAGAUGACUACCAUGUAAACGUUUGUGUUUAAAUGUCAACUGUAUGUUAUUGUUUGUAAAUAUGUAUAUAGGUCUCGUUAUUUUAAACCAGCGGAUCCACGUGACUUACACAUUUAGUUGUUGAAUAAUAUUAAAGUUAGUUCUUAGACGGAUACAAUUUUAUGUAUUGACCAGGUGGUAGAAAGGAUUCUUAAUUGUGAACCUGAGUUUUAAUCCUUGUUUAUCAUAGUUGUAACUUUCUUUUUUGUCUUUUUGUGUUUCAAGAGUUGGUUGGUAGGUAGGUAGGUGGCUACAGGGGCAUGGAGGGGCAUGCCCUCCCCCCCGAAACAAAAUUCUGACGGGUACCCAUAUCAUGACAAUAUUGAUAUUGAUAGUAAAUUUAUUAAUUGUUUCUUUUACUCGAAAUAGUGAUAUUAAAGUUAUAUUUGUUUUAGGACUGCUGGUCUAUACUUUAAAGGAGUUUCGAACCUAUUUAAAGGUAACGAUCCCUUCAUAAAGAUAUAAAUUGUAAAUUAAACUGUGUAUAUUAUAUAUUGUAGACUUUUAGCGGUGUACAUAAAUAAAAAUAUUAAUUCUG